UCCUACGAAAGAAAACUGGACUUGUUGUGUGCUGUCAACUAUGACACAGACAGGCGACAGAGGGAGAUGUUCGUCCAAUUUAAAAUAAUUUAGAAAAAGUCGGAUAGAGGAAACCUAUAACAAAAUAAAUUACAAAGUUGCUCUAUGAGUCACAUUGAACAACGACUUUAUUAGUAUAUUAUGAAAUUAACUCGUAUCAGGGCAUCAAGCCACGUUUCUGGGAAUGAUUGACAUCGGAGUGUUCUGCGAUGUAUUUUAUUAUUCUGCAGUGAACGGUUGGUGAUGAAAGGAACAAUGAGAAGAAAGGCAACUGAUAAUGAAUAAUACGUGUUAAUGGACAUAGGAGUGGUUCUUAGCUAAUAAAUUAAAAAGGUGUCGUCUCAGUCAAGACUAACAAUGUUACUGAUAAAAUGGAUUGUCUCUACUGCUGUUCUUUUCAAUGGUAUUUGUCAUGGUUCUCUGCUUCACUCAGACAUAAGAGCCAGUGUCGGGACCUUGGGAAGGAAACAUGGGCAGCAGCAUCAGCACGCUGCUAUUGUGGAAUUUCAGUGUCAGUACAUGCUCAAACAUCUCCAAAGUGGAGGCCAGAUCUCAGUGCAUAUGCCCCCCAACAUCACAGGCCACUGGGUAUCCAGCAGCUGUGAGGUCAGGCCUGGGCCAGAGUUCAUCAUCAGAUCCUAUCUCUUCCACCACAACCACACCUUCCAGGUCCUCCAGUUCCUCUACCGGGACAACCACUGCUCCUCCCCCACAUACACCCUCCUUGCCCGGGGCAAGCUCUACCUGCGCCAGGCCUCCUGGGUGGUCCGCGGAGGCACCGAGGCCGACUAUCAGCUUCACAGUGUCCAGGUUGUGUUCCACAGCCCCGAGGCAGCCAUGGACCUCAGCCAGUGGCUCAAGCCCAGCUGUGGACCUCCGUCCCUAGAUGGAGGGGGAAAGUGGGAGCCCUGGGAGCCCCACGUCAGCUAUGACCUGUGGAGUGAGGAGGAGCAGGGGAGGGACUGUGCCCAUAGGCUGGGUUUCACUAUGAAUGAGCUGCAGCUGGUGCGUGUGGAGCGGCGCCGCCAUCAUGGUGUCUGGCUCCCUGAUGACCACACCGAGGAGCUCUUCCUGGGGGACGUCCACACUGAGCACACCCAGAGGACCCACCACACACCUUCCAGCUACCAGCCGCCACUGCAGAACACCAAGAACCAUGACCGUACCUGCAGUGUCUGCCGAGUCGUUGCCGGGGCGGACGAGCACCAUCCUCCCAUCCUGCCCUGCGAAGACAACCUGCCCGUCAAACUAGAGGGCCAAUGGGUGAGCCAGCGCUGCGAGGUACGCCCUGGGGUUCUCUUCCUGACCCGCCAUUUUGUUUUCCACGACCACAACUGCACUUGGGAGGGUCACUACUGGCAUUACGCCGACCCAGUGUGCAGACAGCCAACGUUCAGCCUGUACGCCCGGGGUCACUACAGCCACGCGGUCCUAUCCACCACGGUAAUGGGAGGGACAGAGUUUGUCUUCACAGUGGACCACAUGAGGGUGACCCCAAUGGACCGGGCCACCACCUCCCUGCUCAACGUCUUCCAGGGCAAGGAGUGCGGGACAGAGGGCUCAUGGCGCCAGGGCCUGGAGCAGGAUGUCACCCCCACCCAUGGCUGUGCUGCCCUGGGCAUCCGGCUGCCCCACACCGAGUACGAACUCUUCCGCAUGGAGCGAGACUAUGCGAACCGCCUCCUUCUCUUCAACGGCCAGAGGCCCACAGAUGGCUCCAGCCCUAACCAGCCCCACAAGACAGCCACCUCCUACCAGGCUCCCCUGGUGCAGUGUGCAGGGGCUGGCCAUGGGCCAGCGGAGUGGAGGGAAACUGACGAGCUCCAAAGACUGUGGAGUAGCUGCUGCAGACACAGAGGUGGUGGCAUGGUGGAUAUGGUUAGACUACUGCUUAUUGCUGCUAUCUCCGUUCUGCAUCUCAGGUAGGAGUAGCUGAAUGUUAUUGUUGUUGUGGAGCAGCACUUCAUUGACUGUGUAUUGGACUUUCAGACUCUUUGAAUACAGCAUAUGUGAUUGCAAUGUUGAAUUGUUACAUUCUAUUAUUCAGAGUCGUGUUCAGUAGACAUCAAAUGAAGAAAACGCUUUGACAGGAAGUGAAACUGGGAAGUACUGUACUUGUCCAAUAAGAAAUGCAUUUUUCCUAUGGUGUGCCCAACACAACACAAGUUGUCUAUGGCCGUGAUUCAAUCUGAUUGUGAUUUGUCGACAAUGUGCCAUUUAAAUCAGCGAUCGACAGUUUCUACAUACAUUUUUCCACUUAUAAAUGAAUUAUAUAUAUUUUUUAUUUAACUAGGCAAGUCAGUUAAGAACAAAUUCUUGUUUACAAUGACGGCCUACCCCAGCCAAACCCUAAUGACGCUGGGCUAAUUGUGCACCGCCCUAUGGGACUCCCAGUCACGGCAGUUGUGAUACAGCCUGGAUUCAAACCAGGGUCUGUAGUGAUUCCUCUAGCACCGAGGUGCAGUGCCUUAGACCACUGCGCCCCUCAAUACACAUUGAUUCUUGAAGACUAUAACUUAUAAAUGCCUCAUGAGCUUAGUUCGACUGUCAUACCCAAUCAGAACGCAGAAUAAACUUUUUUAACUCCAAUAUUUGUAAACAUUGUAAAUGUCUGUAUAGCCUCAAAACAUGGUUAAAACUAUACAUUUGAUAUAACAGAUGGGCGAUGACUUUGUUAUUGAUUUAACUGCUGAUAGGCCCUAAUGACCUAUUUGGUCAUUUCCAAAUGAGCUGACAUAUGCAAAGAUUGCCUUUAAAAGCUGCAUUGUCGACAAAGCGCAAUCGGAUUGAAUCGUGGCCUGUGGUAUCAUGCUUCAUGCAGCUCACUUCAAUGACAUUUGCAUGUUCAUCACAGAUUUUGGAGUUAACAAAAUGGAGGAUAGCGAAUAGAAAAUUAAGCCUUGCUCUUGCUCAAAGACAAAAGAUUAACAAAGAUGACAAGCCACUAGAAUGUUAAAGAUUUUAUUUAUUUUUCAUCAAUGUUAAAUACCAUGGGACAGGACUGGGACAGGACUGCAAGAACGGUGACCUUUUUGCCUCACAAGGGAUAUAGAAUUUGUGUAAAGAAAAAAAAAAAAUCUAGAAAGAAUUGUAAUAAUAAUAAAAUUCAUUUUUUAUAA